CCCCGCCUCUUAGUGUGCGCACUGGGCCUAGUUGCGGCUCCGGGCCGAAGCUCGUCAGCCGUUCUCCGGGGCCCCAGCUCCAGCAGCCUCUCUCCCUCAGGAGCGAGAAAGCAACCCCUUUCUGUUCCGUCCCUUCCCCGCGAGCCCCAGGGCGCUAGGGACGCGCGACCCUCUCUCCGAAGAGGGCAGGGAAGGGGCGCGGGUUGGGGGCGGGGGGGGGCGUUUGCAGAAAGGACGCAGCUGCAGAUCGGUAGCUGGAGUCCGCCACGCAUGAGUGACUCCAGUGACAGCACAUUCGUGUUCACAGGAAGAGAAGGCUGUGUUCUGAACGCUGCCCAACUGGCACUGGUUCUCUCUUAGGGCCCCGCUGUAUCUGGAGCCACUGUCUCCUGGGGGAGGAUACAGGUUCGCUGAUGGCUCAGUUGGGAGCAGUUGUGGCUGUGGCUACCAGUUUCUUUUGUGCAUCUCUCUUCUCAGCUGUGCACAAGAUAGAAGAGGGACAUAUUGGGGUGUAUUACAGAGGCGGAGCCCUUCUGACUUCGACCAGCGGCCCGGGUUUCCAUCUCAUGCUUCCUUUCAUCACAUCGUAUAAGUCGGUGCAGACCACACUGCAGACAGAUGAGGUGAAAAAUGUGCCUUGCGGGACUAGUGGUGGUGUGAUGAUCUACUUUGACCGAAUUGAAGUGGUGAACUUCUUGGUCCCAAAUGCAGUGUAUGACAUUGUGAAGAACUACACUGCUGACUACGACAAGGCCCUCAUCUUCAAUAAGAUCCACCACGAGCUAAACCAGUUCUGCAGUGUGCACACCCUUCAGGAGGUCUACAUAGAGCUCUUCGAUCAGAUUGACGAAAACCUCAAGCUGGCUUUACAACAGGACCUGACCUCCAUGGCCCCUGGGCUUGUCAUCCAAGCUGUGCGGGUGACCAAGCCCAAUAUCCCUGAGGCGAUCCGCAGAAACUACGAGUUGAUGGAAAGCGAGAAGACGAAGCUUCUCAUUGCAGCACAGAAACAGAAGGUAGUGGAGAAGGAAGCUGAGACGGAGCGGAAGAAGGCCCUCAUCGAGGCAGAAAAAGUGGCUCAGGUCGCAGAAAUCACCUAUGGGCAGAAGGUGAUGGAGAAGGAGACGGAGAAGAAGAUUUCAGAAAUUGAAGAUGCUGCAUUCCUGGCCCGGGAGAAGGCGAAGGCCGAUGCGGAGUGCUACACCGCUAUGAAGCUGGCCGAAGCCAACAAGCUGAAGCUGACACCGGAGUACCUGCAGCUGAUGAAGUACAGAGCCAUCGCUUCCAACAGCAAGAUUUACUUCGGCAAAGACAUCCCGAACAUGUUCGUGGACUCUGCAGGCGGUCUGGGCAAGCAGUUCGAGGGGCUGGCUGACAAGCUGAGUUUCGAUGAUGAGCCCUUGGACGUAGACCCCGAGGAGAAUUGAAAGUUUUUUGUAUACAACCUCGGAUGACACUUACAAGAGAUCUUUAUUUUUGAAUGAUGAACCGGGAUGCUCCUCCCUCCCACACUACCUGCUUUGACUCUCUUCCACAUUCUGUGGAGCAAAAAGAAGAAAUGGAUUUAAAUCUGUUCCCCUUCCUGGGAAGGGAGGGCUGGGAUUGAUGAUUUGGGUUUUUAUUCAGGUAAGCGGGUCAUAUGGCUUCUGUUAAGAUGGGCGAACCAUGGGUUUGACCUUUGCCCUCCAGACACUCAUUUUAGCCCUUUGACGCUGGCGUAAGUAGGGAUUCGAUCGUUACAGAGGGGGAGAGGUAGAGGGUGUUGCCUCCAGGUGAUUUGCUUUACCCCGUUUGGGGAAAGGCAGUCUAAUUUUCUCACCUCUGCCUCCAAGGAUGCCUGUGGGGGAGCCUCAGCCGCUGAGUAGCUGUGUGCUUGUGAGUCCGCCCCGAGCUGGGGG